CCAUGCCAAGCAUCAACCAGCGAAUCGUCUUGGCCAACAGGCGAUGAAGUGGAUUCAGCCCCAGAGCUCAAGUCUCCCACAUGGCCAUCUAGUCUACGAAAUCCUUCCUAUUUUAGACCUGAAAGACGACACAUUCGCAUAGCAAUGCCAAUUCAUGGUAACCCAAGCAAAGGCUGUUCGAGCUGCCGCAAAGACGAAUCAAGUGUGACCGGCUGGAUCCUAUAUGCUCGCAAUGCAAGCGACCCAACAAAGAAUGCGGCGGUUAUCGGGACCUCCCAUCUCUGA